GGGCACAAAGCGGAAGGAAAGAAGAACCAGCGAUUUCUUCUUUGCCUCGUGCGCUUUUCUUAGCGGGGUUGCCAACUGACCGGGAAAAUCUGCCCGAUCUCUGACUGCAGGACGUUUCUGACGCAGGAUCAGCUAAUCGUCUUUACCUCCGUGGCGUGGAAAGUUUCACGGGGCGGUUUCCGCGAUGAAAUAGCUAUUACGAAGUUCACCAUUGAAAUUCCAAAGGGGAUUUAAAGGUGUUGGUUGUAACAGUCACUUCUGGAGAGCACGUGGUGGUGGUGGAUUUCAAGUUCUCAGAAACUUUGGGGAGCAGGAGAUGGCCAAUCCUUUGAAACAAGUUUUUAACAAGGAUCGGACCUUCCGACCUAAGCGGAAAUUUGAACCUGGGACACAACGCUUUGAGCUUCACAAAAAGGCCCAGGCAUCCCUAAAUGCUGGCUUGGAUUUAAAGCUGGCUGUGCAGCUCCCACCUGACGAAGAGCUGAAUGAUUGGGUGGCUGUUCACGUGGUGGACUUCUUCAACCGCAUCAACCUCAUUUACGGGACCAUAAGCGACUAUUGCACAGAAAAAUCCUGUCCAGUCAUGUCCGGUGGCCCAAAAUACGAGUAUCGGUGGCAGGAUGAGAAAUACCGCAAGCCCACCGCCCUUUCUGCCCCUAAGUACAUGAACCUUCUCAUGGAUUGGAUUGAAGUACAGAUCAACAACGAGGAUCUCUUCCCUACGAACGUUGGUACUCCAUUUCCUAAGAACUUCCUCCAAGUUGUGAAAAAGAUUCUCUCCCGUCUCUUCCGCGUCUUCGUCCAUGUCUACAUCCACCACUUUGACCGUAUUGCCCAAAUGGGCUCGGAAGCCCACGUGAAUACAUGCUACAAGCACUUCUACUAUUUUGUAAAAGAGUUCGGCCUCAUAGACAACAAAGAAUUGGAGCCGCUGAAGGACAUGACCUCGCGGAUGUGCCACUGACAUCCUGGGAACUUGCCUGCCAUCUUUCAAGCCGGUGCUAGUCAGAGUACCUGGCUCUGGACUGUGGACCAUCCCUGCCAAGAGACAAGAUUGUGACCUGGAGGGAUGUCCUUUUUAAAGAGAAUUAUAUACAUCUUUUUUCAAAAAAGAGCUUCCCCAAGGUCUCACGAUGAAACCUUUGUAAAAUCAUUCUGAUUGUUGAAUUAUAUGUGUUUGUUUGAGAAAGGAAAGAACCAGUAAUGCAUCCUUAAGAUCUCCAUGUCUUUCUUCUCGCUUCACGUGGCUGGGGCGGGGGCUGAUUCGGAGGCGUAUUGUCUCCCCUGAAAAUCACCUGGGCUUCAGAACAUGCCCCCUGGAUCAAGCGAUCGAGCAGUGUGAGUGAGGGGAAAACCCACCGACACACACACACACAAGUAGAUUAGAACUCUGUUUAGGCUGUUAGUUGGAAUUACCUGAGUUGCAAAAGAAAUAAAAGUUGUUUUAGCACUUCUUUCA